AUGACUGUCGGCUGGUCGCAGACGCCUUGUGCUCAUGCUGGGACCAGCAGCCCUGUUGUGCAGAUGGGUAUCUUUGCUGCUUUUGUGGGCCUCCUGUGGCAGCGUGCUAGCAGCACCGUGGACGACAACACCUCUGCCGAGAUGUUGAAGCGCUACGGUGCCCUCGGAGGUGUUCAGGUGGACACUGCUCGCAUCUACUCCGGAGGGAAAACCGAGGACAUACUUGGCAACAUCUUGGGCAGCAGUGAGCUGGCAGGCAGGCAAUGGGUCCUCGGAACCAAGGCUCAUCCGUCCCAGGAGGGCGGAUUGUCGGGCGCGGGCAUCCGCUCGCAGCUGAAGGAGUCUUUGGCAGCGAUGAAGGUCAAGGACGUGGACAUUUUGUAUCUCCACCAGCCAGAUCCCGACCACGACCUGUCGGAGUCCCUUGAGUGUGUGCAGCAGCUCAUCGGCGAGGGCUUGAUCCGUCGUUUCGGCAUGAGCAACUACAGUGCGGUGGAAGUCGAUCGAUGUUGCACGAUGUGCAAGGAGCGUGGCUGGGCGACUCCAUCCGUCUACCAGGGCCUGUACAAUCCUUUGAAUCGGUUGGUAGAGGAAGAGCUUCUCCCUGUGUUGCGGAAGCACGGCGUUUCCUUCGUGGCCUACAAUCCUCUCGCAGCCGGGUUGUUGAGCGGGAAGCACACGGACAGUAACAACGUCCUUCCUGGUCGUUUCAAGGAGAAUCAAAACUAUCUGCCGCGCUUCUACACGAAGCCGAAUUUCGAGGCACUGGCUGGGAUCCGUGAAGCCUGCGCCGAGGCUGGAAUUUCGAUGGUGUCUGCUUCGUAUGCCUGGCUCCUGCAGCACUCUGCGCUGAGCGCCGAGAAGGGAGAUGGACUCCUCAUCGGUGCCUCCUCCCUUGUCCAGCUCGAUGAGAACCUUAGCGCGUGCUUCUCGCCGCCACUGCUGCCAGAAUCCUUGGUUUCAGCCUUCGAUGCUGCCUGGCCUCUCGUGAGCCAAAGUGGAGACGUCUUCCCCUACUGGCGUUCCUACUCCAAGGACCAGCCGGGCAGGGAAAAUCUCCACCCUGGCGCCUCCUACGCUGCGAAGAAGUAG